AUGAUACAAGAUAUAAAGACACUACUUAAAUCGAAGCCAUUGGUGAUAGAUGGUGCCUUAGGUACUCAAUUAGAAACGAAAUUCAACAAAUUAUUGCAAGAAGACGGUAUAAACAUUCAGUCUCAUCCAUUAUGGUCCGCACUUGUUCUUCUCAAAAAUCCGGAACUUAUUCAAGAAGUACAUUAUGAUUACUUGUGCAGUGGUGCUAAUAUUAUUACAACGUCUACGUAUCAAGCAUCUAAAAGGGGUUUGCUUGAACAUGCUCCAGGUAUUGAAAAUGAUGAUGAAGUGAGUGCUGUAUACGAUAAGGCAAUUGAGCUAGCAGUCGAAGCGAGAUUACAAUACUUAUCAGAAGUGGAUAAAGGUAGCCACAGUCUGACUAAUAAAGAAAUAUUUAUUUGUGGUUCGAUAGGUCCAUUCGGUGCUUAUUUGGCUAAUGGUGCAGAGUACACUGGUGAGUAUGAUUCGCAUAUAAUUGAACAAAAAGAGUUGAAACUUUUUCACCAUGACAUAACAGAUCGCUUUCUAAAUAAUCCUGAAUGCGACAUCAUUGGAUUUGAGACAAUCCCUAAUUAUUCUGAAUUCCAGCAAAUUAUUGAAUUAAUGGAGGAUUCAUUGCAAAAAACCAAUAAGCCUUUCUAUAUCAGUUUGAAUUUUAAGGAUUCUAAAACUAUUUGUGAUGGCACACCUUUAAGCAUAGUUGUUGACUACCUUAACGAAAGGUUGUCUAGAAGCGAAGUACUAAAGUCUGCAUUUAUUGGACUUGGUUGUAAUUGUGUUCCAUUAGAAUCAGCUACUGAUAUCCUUUCAAACAUUUCUAGCUUGAAUAAGAUCCAUGAAUUUCCAUUGAUUGCUUAUCCUAAUGCUGGGUUGGAUUAUGAUCUAUCUAAAGGUGAAUAUAGUAUAAAGAGUUCAGAAAAGCAAGUAUGGGAAGGAUUAUGCCGCGAAUGGCUAAAAAAACUAAACGUUAGACUCGUUGGUGGUUGCUGUGGAAGUGGUCCAAAAGAAAUAUCCAUUAUUAGGAAUGUUACAGACAGAUUUGUGAUCGAGGAAAACUCGUAUUGA